UUUCCCUCAAUUUCUUUCAAAAAAUCCACUUUUCUGCUAAAUUCUCACUUUCCAAAACAACUUCUGCUCUCCAAGCCUCGUCUUAUUUCCUCACUACACCGCUCACCUUAACAGCACUCCCUCAUUCCCAUAACAACACUCUCAUUCUCCCAAAUCUCCUCCAUAACACCACCCCAAUCUAUCCCUCUUCCCACAAAAUCCCUCUCCCAAUAACUCCUGUUCCAAGUCUCCAGCUGGCCGUUCAGCCAAGAUAGUAUUUUUAUAGUCUCAGGCUAGAAAAUUAGGGAUAAAGUAGGAGAUUUAGAGAUGGAAGCAGCCUUAUGUGCUAGGAGUAGGUGUAGAAGAGAUUGUAUAGCAUGGAAAGUUACGACUUUUUGUUAGAUGAUGGAAGGAAGAGGUGUAGCAAGGUUAUGAGAGAGGAUACGCUUCGGUGGAAUUUAGAGGAAUGAAAGGAGGACGGAUUGGUAAGCCUGAUGGGAGGAGAGGGCCAGCAAACUGGGCUCAAUGCCUUGCGUACCUAUGCCCCAAGCUACACCAAUAGUAAACAAUCCACUGAGGCACUAGUAUUCUUCAUUUCUUUAUUGCUCAUUUUCCAUAAUUUUUAAUCAAUCAUU